UUAUACGUGUACAAUUCAUCUCUCAUCCCUGCCCCUCACUUCUUACUCUUACUUAAACUCCAUUGCCCCCUCACCCUGCUUCAAUUGCACUCUCAAUUCAACUCACAAACUACUCACCUCACAAAUCCCUCACUUUCACCACCACCAAAAUGGUCCUCAAGCUUCACGGUAUCGCCAUGUCCACCUGCACCAAGCGUGUGAUGGUGGCCCUUAACGAGAAGGGCGUCGAGCACGAGCUCGUGCCCGUCAACUUCGCACAGGGCGAGCACAAGUCCCCGGAGUAUCUGAACAACCUCCAACCCUUCGGAAAGGUGCCUGUACUGGAAGAUACCGAGACCGGCGUGAAGCUAUUCGAAAGCCGCGCCAUCGCCGCCUACGUCGCCGUCAAGUACCGCGGCCAGGGCAACGAGAUCGCCCCCGCCGAGUCCGACCUCAAGGCCUACGCCCAGUACCAGCAGGCCCUAUCCGUCGAGAAUUCGUACUUCGACCCCCCCGCCUCCGGCAUCGCGUUCGAGAAGGUCUUCAAGGGAAUGAAGGGCAUGGGCGAAACCGAUGAGGCCGCCGUCAAGGCCCACCUCGCCCAGCUGGACAACGCCCUCCAGGGCUAUGAGCGCAUCCUGUCCAAGCAGAAGUACCUCGCCGGUGACAAGGUCACGCUCGCUGAUCUGAACCACCUCCCCUACGGUGCCUUCGUCGAGCAGUUUGGCUUCAAGGACUUGCUGUCCAAGUACCCUGCUGUGCAGAAGUGGUGGGAGGACUUGAAGGCCCGUGAUAGCUGGCAGAAGAUUGUUGCUGCUUCUUCUUAAGUACGGAAAAGUCAUCUAGUUUGUUAGUACAUAUGAUGGUAACGAUAUGUUUUGUUUAUUUUUGUUGUAAGGUCGGGGUGGUUCGCUGGUUUGUUGGUUGCCGUUAUUGGCGGUUGGCGUAGCGUUGGGUUGAAAUGUCGCGAUCGGGUCGUGGCUCGCGAGUCUUGACAGGUCAAAUGUAGCAGUCAUGUGAAGGUAUCGAUGCUUGACUGCUUGACUGGUAAAGGGUGACGGUGCCUCCACGGCGUAAGCUUGUAUGCCUUGCUCUGGACUACAAAGCAGUGCAGCUCAUCGUAUACUCCUUGUACUCCGACGCUGAUACGAAUGAAACAAUUAAGAGCAGCCUAAGCAGAGUUCAAUCAAUUCC